AUGACAACUAUUUCUUUAUACGAUGCAACCAUUCUAGUCUUUUAUUUCAUGUUCCAAAUUUCAAAUUCUUAUAGUACAAUCACAUCAAAACCGAUAGUUUUUUCUACUUAUCUCAUCCAUCGAGAUUCAUUAAAACCGGCAUCAUAUAACGGAUAUGUCAACGAAACUGAUCUUUUGGCAAGAACCAUUAGUCGUUCUAAUUCUCGCUUGUCUCAUUUGAAAUCCAUCAUGAAACUCCCCGACAACCAUGCAGCGGAAACUACUAACAUAGUGAUACAAUCGACAACUAUGGUAGCUUCUUUAACGUACCUCAUGGAGAUUUACAUUGGCACACCGCCUGUCAAGCAAAUGGUGUCUUUGGACACCGGCUGCGGCAUGUCAUGGAUUCAGUGCCUUCCAUGUGAGCAUUGUUUCAAGCAAAAUCAACCCAUAUUUAAUCCCAAUCAGUCAUCAUCGUAUCAAGUAUUGAGAGAUACUUCGCGUGACUGUAUGGAAUUAAGAGACAAACAUGAUUUUACUAAAUUCAAUGGAAAUUGUAACUAUGCUGUAGGUUACACUGACAAUUCAUUUAGCUAUGGGGUACUGGCUAAGGAAACUUAUAUAGUUGGGCGCACUCCCAUCCGACAGAUUGUUCAAGGGUGCGGGCAUAACAAUGUAGGGAUAUAUGAUGAACAAAGCACCGGUAUAAUUGGGCUUGGAAAUUAUCCUCUAUCAUUCAUUGGUCAGACUAAAGCUUAUAUUCAUGGAAAGUUUUCAUACUGCCUAGUAUCUGAUCAAUUCGGUUCAAAUCCAUAUGCAAGGAGUAAGAUUAGCUUUGGAAAUGAUGUGGAGGGGCUUGGAGUUAUGUCUACCCCGUUGUUGAAGAUGGAAGGCAAAUCAAACUAUUAUAUCACAUUGAGAUCAAUCAUUAUCGGAGAUACAAUGAUUCAUUUGAGAAGUCAAUUCGAUAAACUCAUGAUUGACACAGGCAUUGUUUUAAGCUAUUUUCCCCCAUACUUGUUUGAAAAAUUAAUGGAUGCACUGAGACAAAAGAUUGAUAAAAGACCAUUAAAUGUUCCUAAUGAACUUUGCUAUGAACUUAACACCAAUAUUCCUACAAUCACACUUCAUCUUGCUAAUGGCGCUAACUUAGUUUUGUCAAAGAAGAACACUUUUAUUAUAUACCAAAAUAUGAUGUGUCUGGCUAUGAAAAAAAGAUAA